CCGACAAAUUGAUCAAUUUUAGAGAACGUUUAUUUCAAUACGCAGGAAUGUUUUAAUCUACACAGCCAUAAUGUAAAGCCAAACCGUCCUUCGUUUGAAAUAUCAGAAAACAUAAGACACUAAAAGCGCUGACAGAAAUUUUCGAAAUUUCCAGAUUACCCAGUGAAAGACACAGUGGGGUACAUAGUCAACAACGUUAUAAGUUCGUGUUUCUUCAUGGCCAGUAACAUUAAACGUUCGUGUUUCGCCACUACAAUGAAACUUAGAGCAGAACUGAAUGAGCAGUAUGUUUCGCCAAUUCAUUUUUUUCAGCCUUUGACGACACAAGCCAGUCGUAUGCGGCACCCCUCUGGUUUGGAGAUCAGUUUUUCGAAGACUUACGUUAUCGCUAUACAUACAAGCAUAUGCGAAGAUCAAAUAUGUUCAGCAACAGUCUCGUUGUGGGGAACUCUAUGUGUGACAUUGAGCGCAUACAGAAUAUUAUAGAUGAUUGUGACAUUGAUGGUACUAACAACAGAGGCACUACUGUCAUUAACGAAGCGCUUAUAGUCACGUGGCAAGUUUCAGAUGAAUUUUUCGGGGAGACGUAUCACUUCCAGGCAGUUGUUGCUAUAAAUGACGACUUUGACGAUGACUUCCGGGAGACAUACAUCAUAUUUCUAUAUGAUCAACUGAAUCUGACAUAUUCAAGUCUAGAUUUUCAGACGGGAUUUAUAAAUGGAUUGUAUACCGUUAAUUAUGAUCGGCAAUGGGCGGCCGCAUGUCCUUUUGGAAAUGGUAUUUCCUUUCUCAGUAACAUUCACCAGAAAUCCAAUUGUCGCUGUGGAAACUGGAUGAAAGGAAUAUACGUAUUCAAAACAAGAGAUAAUAUAGUCGAUGUACCUCUUGCGCCGAUAGAUGCCGAUUACACCAACGACUACCUGUUGAAUCCGUGUACUAUGACAGAAACAGAGUUCUUAGCAACAUGUGCUUCAGACAUUACAACCGAUAACUUAAGGACAUUUCAACAGAACUGCAGGCCGUCCAGACAGCCACAGGAUACUUGCUAUGAGUUAACAUACUGUGAGCAAACCGAGAAUGGAACAAGCGGCUUUAAAAUGACAAUUGUUUUUGAAUUCCCAGCUUUUGAUGGAUAUGUGUUUCUUAACUACAAUGCCUACUUGUCGUCCCGAACUGUAGUAGAAGAAACAGGCCCUAUGUGCAGAGGAGUUCUAACUAACUUAGAGGGAUUUCACUUUUGUCUCACGUUGACCGGUGACAAAGCGGGUACAAUGCCUUGUGGCAUGACGUUGGUUUCAGGAUCACCGGAUGUCAUACAUUUUGCCGUUUUACUGUACGACAGGGCUGAGAAACAUGGUUCAGACAUUCUCAAACCUGGGAUGUUUGUGCUUCAAGGCACGUGUAGUGAUGAAGAUCUGCCAAAUUCUAUUUCAAAUAGUGUCAAAACCGGUGGAAUACCGUCUUAUGAACCCCAAAAGAUAAGUGGACGCAGGGUCGAUAUGUUUGUCAACAACGCACGUCGAUGGAAUCCAACCGAUACUUCCUCGACAAUUCCAUUUGGUACCGUGGUUGACUUGGGACAAGAUCUAUUUUUAGGAGUUGGAUACGAUUAUGGAUCACCUAGCUUUACUGCUGGAGUUGAACCAUAUGGUGUGUAUGUUAAAGACUGCUUUGUGGCAAAUAAUGCCCACUUUAAAGAUGACAGCGAAGGGAGUACAGAGGGGACAAAUCGAAGACGACAGUUAAUUGGAAGCAAUGGAUGUGUACCGGCAGCACUUACACCAGGUAAAGCAUUUUAUAUUCAGGAUAAUUUCGAAAAGGUCUACGAGGAUAGUUCCCAAGGUGCGUCCAGCUAUAAUUUUGUACAGAUGUCGGGUAAGCUUGACGCAGCAUUCUGGAUUAUUGGCGAGCCAAAUACAAUCUAUUUCCGAUGUACGGUUGGUUUUUGUAGGAACCAAAAUUUCAAGGAAAACUCGAAAUGUACGAAUAGCUGCUUAAAUAAGUUCAUUGACUAUGAUCCUAAUGGGAAGAGGCGUAGAAGGUCUGAAAACAAAACACAAAUCAAGGAAUAUCCAGACAUUAUGAUAGAGACAUCAUUAACCAUUAACACAAAGAGGGAUAAAACAGAUGAACAAAGACAAGGAGAAUGUGUGAAUUUUACUGUUGCUAUGGUAACACUCGUUGUUCUAACUAUGAUACUAAUUGUUGCAUUUGGUGUAUCUGUACUACUAUUCCUAAAGCUACAAACAAGACUUGUGAAAAGACAAAGAAGACUUUGAAAACGAUAAAGAAAACAGACAACUAAGAAAAGGGAACGAGACAAGAUACUGUCCACUAUCUUCAUUCACAAGGAGUGUUCAUUUACAAAGAAUUUUAUAGAAAACUAUUGCAAGUUUUCAAAGAUUUUGUUUGUAUUGUAUAUUACAUAAGGCUUUAUUCUAAUGAAAUACGGGUAAUUCCAUGCGUUUAUUCAAGAAACGCAUUGCUUUGUUAGGGUAAUCUGAACUUUUAUGUUCAUUUUUACUUAUUUACUACCGUAUUUUUAUUUAUCUAUUUAUCAUAUAGAGGAUAUUUGCUUGUUUCAGUGUAAGGUCAAAAUAUAUUUUACGGCGCAACAACGAAUGAAAAUGUAAAUGUAAACAAAUUUUCUUUUUAUUUAUAAUCUUCAAUGGUUUUAACAAAAUUAUAUUCAUUUUACCCGCGCAACGUCACGUAUAUUGCGAUUGUGUCAUGAAGUCAGUAUGAUGUGAGUCACGGUACAUGUAUCUAUGUUGAAAAAUUGUCGAAUAGUCCUAUGAAAUUUCCAGAUUUUCUUUUCCCAUUUUAUUACGAUAGAGCAAAUAUAUUUUUGUAAGUAUAGUUAUUUAUAUACAUGUACAUCUAUAUCUUUAUUGGAAUAUAUUUUACAAAGAAUAUCCGAUCUUACUGAUAUAUUCCAAUAUUUCACAGAUGAAUCAUAAAAUAAAUGAGAACUGGUAUGUUUUGAUUUGUGUCAUCGUCAGUCUUACAAAAUUCUAUGAUUGGUUUAAAUGAUAACAAGGCAUAUGAAGGUUCAGUUAAACUUAAAUUUUUAUAGCAACACAUUACAUCCGGACAAAUUUUACGUAACGUUACAUUUUAUUAGCACACGAAAUGUAUAUGCGCUAACGCUUUUCUGACAUUGAUCUGUAAAAAAGCUAAAUAUCAAUGUAUUGUGCAUUAAUUUACGUUGUUAAAUGUCCAUGGCAAGCAACUGACUGAAUCGUUUUAUCUUUUAUAGCUACAAAACAGAACUGCGUUAAGCUACGUGUAAUAUUAAAGUACAGUAUGGCAAUUGGUGAAAUUAUUAUAUCUAUGUUAUAGGACACUAUGACAUAUAAAGAAUUAUAUAAAUCUGCGAUACAAUGACUUUGCAAUGACAGUUAGGGAUCUACAAGU